AUGAAUACUUUGGGGUUGAUAUUAGGAGGUUCCAGCAGUAGCUCUCAUAAUAAUAAUAAUGGUAAUAAUCCUGCACCAGCCUUAGCUUCUUCCUCGAAUAGUGCUGUCUCAACUCCAGCAAGAAGGAGAAAUAGUGCUACAGGGAUAGGCAGUAAUAAUAUCGCUAAUCCCUCGUCUUAUAAUAGAGUCGGUACUCAGCCAAGAAGCCAACUACUUGGCCAUGAAGAAGUACCGUCACCUUUGGAUUCUCCAUUAUCUAAUCAUAGUUAUACUAUUAACAACAACAAUACUAAUAGUUAUAUUGAACCUUCAAGUCAAACACCGAGGUUAAAUGGCAUUCCAGUAGUGAACCAUCUUCAUUCUGCUCAUACUACAGGUCAAUUACCACAACAUUCAUUUUAUCAUCAACAUCAUGAUUCUAUAGCAACAACUAAAUUCAAAAAAAAUUUUAAAUUCGAAGAGACUCCAGAGAGUCCAAACAAUAAUAAAUAUGAAAUCGAUCCAAAAGAUGUUUCAAAUAACCACGAUUCAUUUAGUAAGCAGUUUCUUUCAGAAUACCUGCUAAAUCAUGGGUUUUUAUCCCCAGAUAUGAUUUCUAAUGCAGAUAGUUUGAACAUCUCAGUCGCUUCAAGUGGAAACCAUGUUUAUUUGCCUACCAUUUCAAAUACAGCAGAUGAAUAUUUAUCAAGCCUGAAUGGGAUGGGUGCCAAUGAUGAAUCUGGCUUUGCCAAUAAUUUUAACUAUAACAAUGAUACAGAUACAGAUACAAAUACUAAUAGUAACAAUUAUCAUGCUGAAGAGUUUGUAGAUAAUGAUACGGUCAUGAAUUUCGAUGAUCGAACUUCUCAAUCCACUCAUGAGACGGUUUCUAAUCAAAAUACCAACCCUUCUUCCCCUUCUGCUAGUGGUGCAGCCACAAGUUGUCAAGAUGGAGCUCAUCAUAUCAAAUAUAAUGAUUCAAUGGCACCUUUCACAUUUGCAUUAAUUCUUUCAGUGAAAAAACCAAUUACCAUCUCAGAUAUUCAAGUGGAAUUAUGCUCAAGAGUGAAAAUUUUUUGGCAUCAAGGAGUUCCACCAACAAAGGCUUUUAAAGAAGAAGUUUAUAAACUAGGCUCACUUAAAUGGGCUUUAAAUUCAAAGAAUUUCAAUCUAUUCAUACCAUUAAAUGUAUCAACAAACGAUAAGAUUAUCGAAAAUACCAAUAUUUCCAAUAUUAGACAAACUAAAUAUUUUAAAAAUAUUAGAAGAGAAGAUAGAACAUAUACUGAUAAAGUUAAAUACGUUAAGGAGUUAUUCAAUAGUUUAAACCCAAACGAUCCACAGUUCUUCUUACCAGGUGAAUAUGUAUUUACUUGUCCAAUUAUGUUUUCAAAUCAUAUUCCAGAAACCUUUUCUGUCCCUUCAGGCAGAGUGGAUUAUUUAAUUUGUGUUGCUACCAAAUCGUUGAAUCAUCAAUCUUGUACAGGUGAUAGACCUUUAAUUCAAAUGUCGCCAGUAACCUCUAGAAGAAGUUCACUUUCAGCAAUGUCCACAGAAAGCGAUGAAAGAGAAAAGAUUCAAUCUACUAGUCUUGUAGGAAAGCAUCUAUUACAUAAGGUUAAAAACCAUAUAGGUGGGGUAAAUACGGAUGCUUUCCCCGCAUCCUUUGAUGAUAUUUCGAAUUAUUAUGCAGAAUAUCCCGUACAAGUCAUUAGAUCACCACCAAAUAUAUCAGUAUCCACUGCUAAUAAACCUGUUUAUAUUAAUAGAGUUUGGGCAGAUUCACUUUCUUAUGAGAUUUCAUUUGAAAAAAAAUUUAUUCCAUUGAAUUCUGAAAUCCCAAUUAAAAUUAAAUUAGCUCCAAUGUCAAAAUCAACAGCAGUUAAAAGAAUCCGUGUAUCUGUUGUUGAAAAAAUCACUUUUGUCUCUAAUAAUUUGGAAUAUGAAUAUGAACAGAUUGAUGUUAUUGCAAAGGAUCCAUAUAAUCCAUAUUAUACUGAUUUCACUUCCAAAAAGCGGAAAGAAAGAAAUCUUUCUUUAUUAGAAGUUAGAACAAAGACAAAGGGAGCUCGUGCGAUUAGAGAAGAAAUUAUUGAAAAUACAAUUAAUGAUAAUUUAUUAUCUUAUACUACUUUACCAAAUCCCAACCCACAUUCUUCCAAGAGUUUUAAGAAACAUAAAAACUUUAAUGAUGAUGAAAUACCAAUAAGUGAUCCAUGGGUCAUUGAAACUGUCUUAGAGUUCCCUAAACAUAAUGAUUUGGAUAAAAAGAGCACUCGUUAUUUGGCUCCCUAUGGUAUCGAUUUAUUUACAGCUAUUCCAAACCCUGAAUCUUCUUUAAUGAGUCAUGAUUUGAAUUAUAGCUCAAAUUUAGCGACACAUAAGUCAGGAGUAAUUAAUCUAGGAUUUUUAGGUGGUAGGCGCACUUCAAUAACAUCUACAAAAAGCUUAGGUACUUCUUCUGCAAUUCACUCUUCUGCUGGUACGUCAUUAAAUAAUUCAAAUGGCAGUGCAGGUGCCAAUGGCUCGGAACAUCCUUAUGACGGGACUACUCCAAAUUGUGAUAUGAAAUAUCAUCGUACCAAAUAUUCUUCAAGUUCGGGUGUGCAAGUUAAGUCACACUGUCGAUUAAGUACACCAAAACGUGGUUUAUAUUUAGAUAGUAUGAAUUUUAGUCAUAUUCAUGUUAAACAUAAACUUGAAGUGAUGUUUAGAAUUGCCAAAAAAGAUAAAGAAGGUGAUGAAGAAAAAACCCGUAAUUAUGAAGUAUUAAUUGAUAUUCCAAUCAUUUUAGUGUCUGAAUUUUGCAAUACAGGUAAUAUGGAACUACCUUCAUAUGAAAUGAUUACAAGGGAAGAUGAACCUUCACGUAGAUCAUCCUUUAUUGCACAAUUGCCUACGUUUGAAGAAGCUAUGUCUGUACCUGUAAGUCCAAUCAUUUCACCAAUUGGAACACCAAAUAUUAAGCCAACAUAUAUGCAUGGUGAUUUAUCUAUUCAGCAAUUAAGUCUUUCAAGUAACUCUUCCACUGCAUGUUCAGUCGAUGAUACAGAUUUCCAAAUGCAAAAUAAUAAUCGGUUGAGACACCCAGGUGGCAGAUCUUUGUCCGUGAGCGCUGGUGCUACAAGAAAUAUUCCAUCAUCUUCUGGUUUCAAUACUUUAGACGGUGUAUUAACAAGCCAGCGUUCAAGACCAGUUCCACCUCCAAUUUCUAGCUCAAUGCUAAAAAUGCCAGCAACUCGGAAUACAAGCCCAUUACAACAGACUGCUGUCACGUCCACACAGGGCGUUGGUAUUGAUGGAAACACAAAUAUUAAUUUAAGUAGUAAUAUUUUUCCUCCAAGAAAAUACUCCUUACCACAUCCAACAAGUCUACAAAUGCCUCCUGCUGCUCAAUUGAAAAAUCCGUUUAAAGCAGUUGUCUUCGAUUCCUCAGUGAAUUCUAGUACUACUCCAUAUACUAACAGUGGCCCAGCUUUAAGUAUUGCACCAGAUGUUUCUACAUAUACUGAUUCAGCUGCAAGUUACAACUCUGAUCCUACGACAACACCAUUUGCUACCACUCCAAACUCCUAUGCUAGCCAAAUUAUGACUGAUGGUCCAGAAUCUUCCGCAAACUCUGCUCAAGGUUCUCCAAUUCUCGGCAGCUCUACGCUAUAUACGAGUGGUCGUCAGGAUUCUCCUACCAUUGAAGCCUCCUUCUCUUAUUCGACCCCAGUUCCUUCUUCUCCUACUGCUAUGGCUUCUAUCUCACAUCAAAGUGAUCACAAUCCCUUCAGCCAGUCUGCUUCAACCAGUCUAUUCAAGAAGAAUUAUAGUCUACAACAGAAAGACAAUACUAAUGACUCCACUUCGAGCAUUUCUCACGUAGAAGGAACAAAUCCUACAGCCGACCAAGAACCUCCACGCUACAAUGACGUUGUAUCCGACCUUGAUGGCCCUUAA